AUGGUGGAAACUCUCACGUUGAGCCGCGGUUGUGGUGUGACGCCGAAUGACGUCACUGCGCUGAGUCGAGUGUGCAGGGAAACUCUGGGCAAGUUGAACACUGUGGAAAUAAGGAAGGCUAAGCUUGGGAUGCCGGCCUCUGGACCUCUUCUCGUUGAGUCGAUUGUCAGACUGAUGCCGUCGUCAGUGCGUUCGGUAACGUUGUUGUACACAGAUAUCUCAGUUUUAGGGUAUCGCUCAGUGAAGGCUCUUGCUGGUCCUGAGUAUCAUUCCUUUGUCGUGGAGAGAGAAAAGAAGAGCUGCGAGUCUCCUGAUCCUCCAACGAUGAGCGAUGAAUCUACUGAAUUACGAG